CCCAUUUAUGAGUGAUUUGACGUCGCGGACGGUCCAUUUGGGUUCCAGUUGGUUGCAAUGGUCCCUACGAAUACUGGCCAGGCAUUUUUGAUGCGAUUAAGACUCUGGAUUACUUCGGACCACCCGGGAACCGCUAUGCAGGUUUCCUUAAGGCCAGGAGGUGGUGGGAUAUGGUGCAAGCGCUGAUAGCCCACGGCGGUCCAGACUCCCUGGUGGUUCUGUGCCAAAAUGGCGCUGGAAUGCCGAGUGAGAUACAGACCAUGGUGGAGUGUAUACGAUUCAGUGAUAGGGAUGAAUUGCGGGACAAGCUUACUGGGGUCCACCGUCACGUUCCGCUCUUCUCAGUUGGUUUGAAUACGAACAAGUAUCCGGAUCAGUGGACCACAACCACGACGAUAAAGUUCAUUGAAGAUACACAGACAGUGAAAAAAAUCACGCCGUUUGUCAUUCUUAUUCAGCAGCGGUACCGUCGCCUAGUUGCAAGACGGGUGUUCGAAUCCUCCGAGUUUCAGAAGGUCUUCCUGGCUUGUGCGAAGAGCGCCGAGAAAAUCAAAUUUCAAUCAUAUCAAGGCUCAGUGCACCGCUUCCGCUUCCUUGUCAUCGUUCGCGGGCCACUUCCCCACGUCCUUUUCGCUCUUUCUAGAAUCCUGGUGGAGGUUCGAAACGCCAAACAAGCGGCGAAGUGCCGCCUUGACACCACAGAACCUGGUGAUUCAAUAAUAGAGUGCAAGAACCAAAUCACGGCGUUAAACCACUGCCAUGAACGUGUGAGCGAGCUGCAGAGGGAAAUAGGUCCUGAAAGUGCAAUAUUCCGUUCGGGCAGCUCCACCGAUCUCGGGCCACGGGUCCUGGAAGUAGAUGCACUGCUCAAUAAGUUAGAAUCCUCCUCAAUAGGACUAGACAUGGAGCCUUUGAGAUUCCAUAUGGCCAUAGGGAUUAAGGGGAUAGUUACUCCGGCACCACAAAAGCGUCCCCUCAAACCAUCACUAAAUGCCGAAGAUUUGGAUUGGUAUUAGGUUGUUCGUUAAUUCAUUUUGGAUGGUGGAUAAUGGAAAUA